AUGAGCGGUAUUGAUAGAGUUUUAGGCAACAUUUAUGUUGGCCCCGUCCAGCCUAUCAUCGAUCAUGUGCCGUUGAAGGUUGAUCACAACAUCUCGCAUAUACUUUCGGUGAUGAAAUUUCAGAUACUGCCCGAAUAUCUUAUAAGAAAGAGCUAUACUUUAAAGAAUAUUCCUAUCGAUGAUGAUGAUACCACGGACGUGCUGCAGUUCAUCAAUGAGACCAAUACUUUUUUAGACCAUUGCCUUUUCCCCCAUGAACCCGAGUACAAUCCCACGAAGGUAAACUUCAAGAAAAAGCCUCAGAAAAAUGGGGUGUACGUUCACUGCCAUGCCGGCGUCUCAAGGUCUGUAACUUUUGUUGUUGCGUACCUCAUGUACCGCUAUGGUUUAAAUUUGAAGUCAGCGCUAUAUGCCGUUCAAAGAAAGCACCCAGGUGCUCAGCCUAACGACAACUUCAUGGAGCAACUGAAAAUUUAUCAGAGUAUGGGUUCCUGCUAUGUCGAUAAUGAUUACCAGGCUUAUAAGGUUUGGAAAUUAGCCAAUUCUGUAAAGGAAGACGUCACCGGUGAGACAAUUUUGGCUCAAGAAGAAACUUUCAAGCACAACGACCAGAAGAGGCUACAAGAGAUGACGCCAGAGGAGAUAGAGAAGGUAACUGUCAUACGUUGUAAAAAAUGUAGACAACACCUCGCGCUUUCGACAUCUUUUAUCGAGCACGAACCUCCCAGUAAAGAAUCCAUGGAGGGUCAUUUCAUCAGAAGAGCCGCGGGUGGAAAAAGAAUUAUCGACAUACAGCAAUCUCAGGAAAUGUGCUCACACUUCUUCGUGGAGCCAUUAAAUUGGAUGAAACAGGAGUUACGAGGCAAACAAGAGCUGGAAGGAAAAUUUAGCUGCCCCACUUGCACAUCAAAGGUAGGAGCAUAUAACUGGAAGGGUUCAAGGUGUAGUUGCGGAAAAUGGAUGAUACCUGCCAUAUAUUUACGAAGCGCGAAGUUGGAUCAAGUGGCAUAUGCAAAAAAGGCGUUGCCAAACGUGGUGGGCUCUGAAUUGGUUCGUUGA